AUGCCAACGGAAAGUUCAAACAGGCGUAAUUCAAAACUACGUCUGAAUGUACCACGAAGCUCAACCAAUUUCAAUUAUUAUGAUAAUUUUUCGAAUUCCCGCCCGCAUCGACAAUCGACACGUGCUUCGUUUUUGCAAUUAGGUCACGACCAGCAGCAGAAUCGGUAUGAAAAUUCUUAUCGAAUGCAACCGGAUGAUGAUCACAAACUUGAUAUAAAUCGAAUCAAACUUGUGGCUAUGAACACUCUUGAAACAGCAAUGAUCGGUUAUAAAUACCGGCAAAAAGAAGUUAAAGCGUUCGCCGAAUUAUUAGCAGAUAAAAUACGAAGUCAAAUGAAAUUAUUACAACUUUACCGAUAUAAAAUAAUUACGCAGGUAUCUGUUGGAGAAAAAAGAGGUGAAGAUCUACGUAUUGCCAGUCAAUGUUUAUGGAAUCUUCAAACAGAUGGACAUGUUACAAUAACAAAAGAAACUGUCAGUGCAUAUGUUACUGCAACAAUCUUUUUUGUGUAUACAGACUAA